UGCAAUCAUAGCAAUACGAAUGAUUCUUAUCUUCGGAUAUUUUCAUGCCAGAAAUAUCCAACUACUUCAGCAGUCUGUUUGAGUAGUAUGUGUUAAUUUGGCAAAGACGUCGUAACGUCCUAAAUUAAAUCACUUUUCAUUUGUAAUGACUUAUGUACAAAACUCAGAAUUUUUAACUGCGUAGUAAUCAGUUCUGUGCCUUGGCAAAAGGGACUCUUGAGCAGCUUUCGUGCUUCUGUUCCAGACUCAAAUGCAACAGAUUGUAUCAAGAGUGUGGAUUUUUAAGAUAGCGUAUUUCGCUUUGGUGCCAUUUUGUAACUUCAAGUGCUUAAAUACUUCAUAACUGUUUAAAUUUCAUAUCCGAAAUUUGGUGUAUUAGUGACAGUGACAAUGUGUUGGUACUUGACAGUGACAAUAUGUUGGUAAUUGACAAUGACAGUGUAUUAGUAUUGGUGACAGUGACAAAAGUAAUCUGCAUGUGCUGCUUCAGCAAUUGAAUGUUAACUGUCCUUCCAGAGACUCUUUCCACAAUCACAUCAUGACUUUGGGUGAAAUCACGGAUGAUAAAAGGGAUAUUCCACGUUUUAUCUACAUACAAGAUUUACCCGAAUCAGCUUCUCAUAAAGAUAUUAGGAAGGUUUUUGGGCAUUUCCAAAUCCCAGAAGGUGGCAUAUUUAUAAACGGUCAACAUGCAUUUGUUUCAUUGGAAACAGGAGAGGAUGUAGCCAUUGGUUUGUUCAAAUCCCAGCGUAUGUUUCAAGGAAAGAUGAUACAUUAUACCUCUGUGAGAAGAGACGAAAUGGAAAAGAUAAUUAUUAGGAACGUAAAACGUGUAUUAAAAUUCCCUUUGCCGAAUUAUUCUGGAAGAGAUUACAAAGCGGAGGUGGAUUACUUAUUAAAGCUGAAGAUCCAUAGUUGCAGAAGAAUAAGGCCGACAGCAGUCUGUAAGGUGAAAGCUGGAAGUUCUGAACCAAACAGUAUCUUUCGUCCGAAAGAAACCGUAGUUCCUCAAGAUGGCUGCGCUAAGAAUCAACAGGAAACAGCCGUUGGAAAAACAGUUUCAAGAAAAUUUCGGAAACUUAGAAGAAUUCAUCCGACGCCUGUUGUCGAGGUGGAUGAGAAGGAAUUAGAACGUAUCUUUGUGGUGGGAGAAACAGAACAUAAAGCCAUCGAAAAAGAUGAAACUGAAUGAUUCGUAAUUUGCUAUUUCUUCUUGAAUGUAAAAUGAUCUGAUAAUUGCUUAAGUGUCUGUUCGUACAUCCCCGUGGUCAAAGUAAAGGACUGAAAGUUAAAUAUCUUACCGGUGGAAGAAACUGAGGAAAUAAAGUUAUUGAAGAAGAGAGAUGAUUCACAACGUGCAAUCCUUUCUUAAAUGUGAAAUAAUUUUAUUCGUGUUUAAAUUCCGGUAACCAAAAAAAAAAAAAAAAAAGUACGGUGAUCAUGUAUAAAUUUUAAAUUAAAAGUAAUGUAUAACUAGAUAAUUUAAAAGUAAAGGUACAACGUUUAAAAUUUUUAUGUAUCAGUAACCCUUUAAUGUAUCAGUAACCUGUUUUUUCAUACUUAACAUUUAUUUGCAUUGAAAUAAAUACUUUUAUUGAUGAA